CUGUCACCCCUGCCCAUCCCACCUUCCUGGGCUGGGAAGCCUGGUCCUGGGGCCCUGAGAUGCAAGGGGAGACAAGCUGGCACUGUAGGGAGCAUGAGCCGCGCUCUGACGUCCGCUGCUGAGAUCCACCUCAAGAUAUCCCCAUGGCUACAGGCACGAGCUCAGAAUGAUCACCGCCUUCUUCUGAGUAGAUUUGUAUGUCCUAGACACCUGGCCGGACCAGAUCACAGCGAUGUCCCAAGUACUGGAUGGCUCAUGCUUCCGUGUUCUGAAAAACAUGAGACUUCCGUGGUCACAGAGACUUGGGCCACGAGGGCGCUGCUCUGUUGUUUUCAAGAAACCUUAUACAGGAAAUGUCUCCAAGGUAUUACUAAAGACGAUGCACUGUUAAUAAAAAUAAAACAAGCCCACUUUGCUUGGCUGAGCAGAGAGGUGUUUUUCAAGACUUUCAGUGUGAAUCAGCUAAUUCCUGGCUAAACAAACACACAUUGUAACAAUAACAACGGCUGUUAGCCAGCACUUGCUGUCUGCCCAGAGAACUCACAAGAAGGUCAUUACUCUGACAAGAGCCUAUGUGAUAUAUAUGACCACUUCCGUCUACAAGCUGGGUUCAGUGGAAGAGUGACAUUGAGUCACAAUUUCUCAGACUGAGUUCUCACAGUCCUUGUCCCUUUAACCAACAUCCAGGAUCACAUGGAAUCAGCAGCACUUUUCUUCAGGAAAGAAAAUGAAUUUGAACAUAUGUCGAUGCCCUUUAGGUAUCACUUAACAAUUACUCUAUCACAGACUGAACCUUGGUCCAAGAAUUUGCAGCAGGAACAGAGAAGUUACAAGAUGAAGGAGAAGCUAGUCAUAGACCCAGGGACCCUUUUCCGAUCCUUGCUAUCAGACUAAAUAUUGAAAGAGUCCAAAGCCCCUGGAAGCUGGAGAGAUGGUUUCAUGGCACUUGAUGGCUCUUGUGAAGGACCAAAGUUUGGUUCCCAGCACCCACGUGGGGCAGCUCACAACUGUGACUCAGCUCCACGGAAUUCGUCGCCCUCUUCUGGUCAUUGGGUGCAUCUGCAUGCAGGUGCAUGAACGUGUGUGUAUGCUCUUGUGUGCAUACGCAUAUUAAAAAUAAAAUAGUUUUACAUUUUUUUCACUACCUACAUGGCUAGAUGAAAUUCAAUAUUUCAACUUUACCAUUUCCGUCUUCUUCUAAGAGUUGAACUUAAGAUGAUCGAGUCUGGGACAGCCUGAAUUCAUAUAUCUAUCAUGACAGUUAAAACCCAGGAAGCUUUCUGUAAAUUCUGCUUUAAACACAUGAAUGAUCCAAGGAGGUUUUAGUGUAGUGACAAUGGAUAUAACAGCUAAUAUUAUGCACAUCUGGUCCUGUGCCACACUGUUCAUUUGCACCACCUAUUUUACCUGAGGGCAAACCUACACAGUGUAUUAUUGUGGUCUUUACACUGGAUACCAAGACUCAGAAACACUCAGUAACCUGCUCAUAGUAAAAUACUACUACCCGGUCAUGAAUUCAAAGCCACUUUUCUUAACUUCUGUCACCGUUCCCUGUCAUUGCAACAAUACCGAUACUCACUGUGUCUUUAGCAUUUGCUAUGCUCCAUACACAUUGCAUAAUGAUACAUAUUAAUCCCCUAAUAGCUCAUUUACUAUUCAUUAAUGGGCAUUCCUUUCCUUUCCUUUCCUUAAUAACAAUGGGUAAGUUAUUUAACAUCUGAAGUGCUGGGGGUGUUUGUUUUAUAAGACAUGGAUAAUCCAAAUUUCCUCAGGUUCCUGUGACAACUUUAGAGAUUAAGCCUUCUAGCACGUUGUCUGUACGUCCUGUAUGCAAAACACGCACAGGACAUGCCCCAAACAGAAGUCCCCUUUGCCUAAAAGUGACUUAACUCACUCAACACUGAUUGGAGAGGCCGUUCCUUUUCAAGGCAGCAACUGAAAAAUACCCAUUGUUCAUACUCUAAUUCAAACAUCUCGGCAUCUCUUUCAACUCAAGCUGCAAGCAGCUCUUAAAGGAUAAACACCAGUUUUCCAAAAAAAAAAAAAAGGAUGGAGGUCUGAGCCAGGCACAGUUUGCAAAGGUCAGAUAUGGUUAGUGUGUGUCUCCAAAAGGAUGGUGCCAACGGCUGGAUGUAUGUAAUCCCUAAUUAAAAAUUAGCAUCCUGCUUAAGAAGGUUCUGGUUCUUAAAUAUAUAUAUCUUAAGUGUACACUAAAUGAUUUCUUUGCAUAGGAAUACACCCCUGUAACCCCACCCAAGACAAAUAUGUACCGUUUCCGGAACCCCAUAACCCCCACCAUCACUCCAGAGUGAUUUUAAAUCAACAGAGAAAUGACCGCUAAAAUCAGAACAGAAUGCAGAAAGUAAAAGAACUUUCAAUGCUGGCAGCAAGAAGGUGGGAGAUGGGAAAGGUCAUUUAGGUAAGACAAAGCUGACGUCUGGCUUCUUUCCAAUGGUGCGUGCAGAGUGUUUCUGUGCACCCACGGUCAUUUUGUCCAUCCGUCCUCAUAAGGACUGUGACGUGGUCCACACUUAAUCCUGUUUUCCAUGUGAGGAAACAAACUCAGAGUUUUGGAGAACAGCUCCAACUGCCGCAGGACUGGCUGCAGGAUCAGCUCAGCAAAUCCAUCCACGUGGCAGAGGGACCUGGGAGGGCCUGGCGUCAGGUUACUAAGCAGCAUCGUGACAGCCAGUAUAAAAGCUCCGACCAGCUAUCCUGGAACACCAGGGAUCAACUCUGCCGCGCGCUCUUUGAAUUUCUCUGCGUCUCUCCAGUUGGAAAACCAUCUGACUCUGAACACCAGGCAGCUUCGAACAGAGGAUCACCCGGUUCUGACACUAGCGGCCAGAUGUGGUGUCUGGAGCGGCUCUUGCGGGACCGAGAUGGGUUUCUCCCGGGGCGUGCCCGCCGCUCCAAGGCUCGUUCGUCCGCGGCGUGCGCAAACGUGCUCACUCCAGACCGCAUCCCAGAGUUUUGCAUCCCGCCGAGGUUGGAGCCUAGCACGGCUUCGGCUGCGCUGCGCGAUGCCUGGGCUGCGGACGUGGAGUCCGACGAUGGCGCGGGCCUCACGGACUGGGACCCGCGCUCUCAGGCUGCGCUCUCGCUGCCGCACCUGCCCCGCGCGCGUACCGUUUACGGCUUCUGUGCGCUGCUCGAGAGCCCGCACACGCGCCGGAAGGAGUCGCUCUUCCUCGGCCACCUAGGUGCCCCGGUCCGCCGGCCCGGGCUUCGCCACCGCACACACACCUAUGCGAGCCCGCACCGAGUCUCGGACGCUCCGCGCCCUGCGCCGGGUGACCCAGACGCCGCCCGGGUUCCGACGCCCACUCCCGCUCCUAGCAGACGCCGCCUCCUACACUCCCCCGGUAGGCUGCUGAGCCGCGCGCUGCGGGCCCCCCGCGGUCCGGCCAGAGCGCGCCCGGGGUCCCGCGGCGACGAGCACGAGCGCGCCGCCUCCUGCGCGCCCCCGGCCCCCACCCGCCCGGAUCCCCAGCGCCUGCAGGCCGAGGCCAACGUGGCUCUGGGCCGCGGGGGUUGCACGCUGCGCCUGGCGGCCGAGUACUGUCCGCGCAGCGCCUGCCUCCGCCUCCGCCUGCUGCGCGCUGAGGGCCCGGCCGCGGUGCUCGAGCCCCGCGCCCUGGGCUGUCGCCUCAGCCUGGUGCUGCGGCCGUCCGGCCAGCAGCGCGCCAGUGUGGUCCGCCGCAGCCGCAAGGCCGCCCUGGACCAGGACUGCUGCUUCGACGGGCUCCCGGAGGAGCAACUGCGCCGCCUGGCGGUGCGCAUCAAGGCCGAGAGCAAGGGCCGCGGGCUGGAGCGCAGACGACCACUGGGCCAGGGCGAGCUGCUGCUGGGCUCUCUGCUACUGCUCUGAGCGCGGCUUCCCUGGCGUCCUGGACACCUAAGGUCGCUUAGUCAUGAGAUGCACAGAGACUCUUGGCCCAGGGACACUUGCAGCCUUUUGGUCCUGGAACACUUGCAGCUUCUUGGCCCUGAGACACUCUUAGGUCCUGGCACACUUUCAGCCUCUUGGCUCUUGGACAGUGACUGACAGCCAUUUGUACAAAAUAAACAUGUGUUCAUUUUUCUAAUCAGGGCUUUGUUUCGGGCCAAUUCUGGCAGAGAUGAUCCUGGACUAUCACAGUAACAUAUGUAGCUUCUUUUUGUGUGGGCACCUUAAAAAUUUUUGUUGAGCAAUGGGGUAGUGUGGUUGAGCAGUGUUCCCCACUAUAGACAGCAAUUGAACUUAAUGUGUUCACACAUUCCAACGGGAAAAUAUAGUUAAUGUCGUCCAGUGUUAGACCAGCCUCGUUUUAAAAGUUAGUUCAUUCCAUGGCAUCCUUUGAGACUGAUAGUGUCAGUUACUUAGAUUGCGUUAAGAUGUUACAUAAGAAAGGCCAAGGGUCUUAGGAUGAAUGGGUAAAGGUGCUUGCCACCAAGUCUCAUCGCCAUAACUGGGAUCGAGUGAGGAUUGUGGGACCUUCGUGAUGGAAGAAGAGGAAAAGUUCCUGCAAGCUUUCCUCUGGUGUGACUCACCCCAACCCCAGUAGUAGGCACGGCUAUUCCCAUCUUGCAGAUGAGAAUACUGAGGCACAAAAAUAAAGAAAAUUUGGGGUUUGAAUGUAGGACAUCAGUAUUAAAAUGCUUGCCUGCGGAUUGGGGUAUAGCUCAGUUGGUACAGUGCUUGCCUAGCACAUACGAAGUCCUGAGUUCCAUCCCCAGAACUGUAUGAAUCUUAGGUCCUUUUAACAUGUACCUGUAGUCACAACACUGGGAGGCGGCAGCAGAUGUGUCAGAAGUUCAAGGCCAUUGUCAGCUAUACAGGGAGUUAAAAGGCAGCAUAUGCUAUAUGAGAGCCCACGCCUGAAAUAAAUAAAUAAAUAAAUAAAUAAAUAAAUAAAUAAAUAAAUAAAUAAAUAAUAUACACCCUC